CAAAGCGCUCUUACUUAACCAUUAACCACUUCGCCUGUCAUUAGUUAUAGAGGUUAUGUUAUUUCAUGUGUUAUUGUGACAGAAUCUAAGGUUAUUAUAAUUAUUGCAAUAGAAUCAUAAAAAUGAGUGACUUUGUACUAAACGAUAGUGACUCUGAAGUGGACUCCGAUGAAGAGCUUCAAGAGGCUUUUGCCAAAGGCCUCCUUAAGCCGGGUCUCAAUGAGGAAAUUGAGAAAAUUGAAAAGAAAUUUAUGAAUAAUGUAGCAGAUUUAAAAGCGAAGUUAAAAGAAUUUGAAUUAAAACUACCAUGGGUGGAAACAUUGGAUUUAGUGACGACGGUAGCUCCUAUGGCACCCGACGUUGCUUUACAGAUGCAACAAACGGCACUUAGGAGAAAGAACAUAGCAGAAAAUACUAAAGGAAAACUAGCAUAUGAUCCAACUCAAGACCCUGUUUUGAAUGAAUUUAAAAGAGAGAAUCUUAUUCAUCGUCAAGCACAAGCUGCAGCAAUUGAUGGAAUCAAACGACUCAAAGAAUUAAAUAUACCAACAAAGAGACCCGAUGACUAUUUCGCUGAAAUGGCGAAAUCAGAUGAUCACAUGCAAAAGGUUCGCAAGAAUUUGAUGUCAAAACAGGCAGCCCAAGCUCGCACAGAAAAGGUGCGCCAGUUGAGAGAACAAAAGAAAAUUGGCAAGAGAGUUCAGAUUGACACAAAAUUAAAACAAAUAGCAGACAAAAAACAAAUGCUAGAGCAACUCAAGAGAGUCAGAAAAGGUAAAUCGUCAGAUUUGGACUUUUUAGAGGACAAUAAAAGUAAAAACAUGGGUAGAGGUAAUCCCAAAAAUAAUGUAAAUAAGAAGCGAGCAAUGAAAGAUAAAAAGUUUGGCUAUGGAGGCAAAAAGAAGGGAUCAAAACUAAAUACUAGAGAAUCUACAAAUCAAAUGGAAGGUUUCAACAGUUCAGCCAAGAAGAAACCUUUCAAUCCGAAAUCUAAAUCUUUUAAGCCCAAUAACAAAAAGAAGAAUCAAAGACCUGGAAAAUCUAAGAGGAAUAAUGCUAAACGAUAGUCCUAACAUUACCAUUUAAAAAUAAAUACAUAAUGAUUUUAUUCAG